CUCCUGCUUAUACCACCCAGCCAAACCAGCAAAUUACAAGAGCCACUGAUCACUAAUCCUCCGUUCCAAUGGCCUACCCGUGGUCAUGUCUCUAUACUGGCCUGUUGUUUUUAUGAGUGUCUCUCAAUAGGCAUUCUGAUCAUAUCUUCUGGGUUCCCAGCAUUCUCUUCCAGAUGCCAGCCUUUACACACCAGAGCACCCCACAUAUAAACUGAUCUCCAGAUCAGCCAGUAGAUUCAACUGGAAAAUUAUGAGCACAGCUGUAUACAGCAUGCUGAAAUAAAAAAAAAACGUCAAAGUCGAUUACUUGAGGUACAGCCUGAAAUAAAGUAUCAAUAAUAGGUACAGGUCAUUCAGUGAACAUACAAUAAUCUAUUCAUAGAUUGAGUUCAUAAUUGAUACUUCAUUAAAACAUUAACCGCGCCCAGGAUAAUAAUAUGUCCCUGUGAACCCACUGAGUGGCCACUCUGUGUGGCUGGCCCAUAAUCACUCUACUGUGUGCCAAUUCUGUGGAGUCUCUACUAGGACCAGUAAAUAAAAAUGGUAGGGAAGUGCCUGCCCUGUACACCUGCGUCUACUUUUGGUAGCCCAUAACAGCCCCAGUUUUUAUGGUCUGCCAUUGUGAGCCCAGGUGCUUGGUAAGGCUGGGGAUAACUGUGGCAGUGGGUUAAUGAGGUUUUACUUUUGAGGUGGAUGGCGGUGGGAAUGGGGGUUCUUACUUCCCCCAGCAUGCUGACAUGAAGAGAUUUACGUUGAUUUGUCACACCUACCAGAGUUUACUCAAUUUGGAGAGUGGCUGUCGAAGGAGGAGCUAAUAGCAAACAGUGGAUGCCCCUGUGUAAUAACACUCAACAACAUGGCACUCUUUGAACCUGCCCAUGGUAUUGAAACAGACAGUGUUGUGUAAAUUCUGGCUGAAGAAAAUAAAGUAGCCUAAAUAUUACAAAACUACACAUAUAAAACUAUGAUACAAAGGGAAAUGACAAAAAAAUUGAAGCUUAAAUCUCUCUGUAAUGGUGUGGUAUUGCCUGAGUUGUCUCCAAGUUGAAUGCAACCUAAAUGAUAAGCAUUAGGCACCAAAGACUUUAGACAUUUGCAGUGAAUGGCCGAAUUUGUCUGCACAAGACAGCAUGACAGUUGAUGUUCUGCGCACUGUUAUAACUUAUCGCCUCUAAUCAUGUAUUUGUAAGUCAACUCUACAUCUCUUCAUGUCCUGCCCUUGGCGCUUGCACUUGAUUGCUGAGGUAUUGGGGCGGGCAGAGGGAGUUACUUUCGCCUGCUCCCUUUCCCACUAUAAUGAGAACUUUAGAUCACUGUGCAGGCAAACAAAAUCUUUAAGGUGUGCUGGCGGUGCAACACGCGGGAUUAACAGCACUCGAUAUUCUCCUGAGCUACAGCUAUGCGAAUGGGAGUUUUAUGAGCCGUAGGAAUUUGUGCUUUACCUGAAAGGUCUUGGAGCAUCAUUGCUUCAGCGUCUCUAGGUUGGAGUGUGGAGACCCCAAGAUACUUUGUUGACUAGCCUUCUCUUCCUGUCUGCAAAGAUGCUCAAAGUCAUCUGUGUUGUCAUUCUGUUCACCUGUGGUAGUCUGGCAAAACCCAGUGGUCAAAAGAACAAGAAGCCAAAACAAGUGAUACCAUCGAUCGAGUGUGACGUACGGGCAGGCAAGAUCAGCCUCCCAGAAUUCAUUGCCAAAUGUCCAGCCAACUGCAAGGAGACCAAGCAGAGGGUGUACGGGACAGGAGUGUUUGCCUCCAUCUCCAGUAUUUGCAACGCUGCCAUCCACAGUGGCGUCAUCACUAACGCGGGAGGGAAGGUGAUCGUGAGGAAGAUGGCUGGACAGGCGUCCUACAAGGGCAGCCUGGCCAACGGCAUCCGCUCUCUGUCUCUUCCCAACUGGAGGGAGUCCUUCACUGUCGCAGUGGGUAAACCAAAGAAAGGUGUCAUCUAUCCCACUAGUCUGGAUUACGGCCCUUCAAGACCCACUACCGUGAAAACUGGCCAGAAGGAAGCCAAAGCGCCGCCUGCCUCCGUCGUAUUGCCAGCGACAACAGUGGCCGAGCCAAUCCCAACAGCCGCGGCAGAGCCAACCACCACAGCUGCUGCUGCAACCACGCCCCCGACCACGCCCGCCACCACUGAGACCCCCACCACCCUGCCCACAACCACCACGACCACUACCACGGCCAAACCACGCGCCGCUGUGCAUAAAGUCCGAGAUGCAGGCAGCGCCCACCCCUACUUUUCGUCCUUAGCAUCACCAGCCAGUGCAAGACAGUCACAGAGUGGUCAUGGAAAAGCCCAAGCAUUCAGAGGGAGCUCAGCCAUUGCGAAUAGGUUUUCACCUCGACCAAACACAGGUCUGAGAAGACCAGAAGCUGGCCCUGCCGUUAGGAGACAACCAGCAUCCUCCCCUGGGCCAGGUUUCAACAGAGUGCAGCCGGCUCAGCCUGAGAGGAACCAGCACCCCGUCCAGACGAACCCCACUUUUGCUAGAAGGGAUUGGCCUCCCUACGGCUACCCACGACCUGAUUGGUAUCCUGGAGCUAGGCGACCUACAGAUAUUAAUUACUCUCCAGAUAUGGGCUACUCUUGGACUGAGGGGGAUGGAGCAGAGACCACGGGCCGGGAUGCACGGCCUGAUAUCACAGACUAUGAGAGAUGGUAUUAUAACGUUGGACAGUAUCCCCCUCGAGGCCCUGAGACAGACACCGCCCGUAAAUUGCUCCCUGAGACGACACACACCAGAGUGGAGCCGCUGGAUGCCUGGAAACCUGAAGUAAAUCCUUUCGACCCAGGCUUCAAUGUGCGCGAGCAGGACUCCUUACCCCGAGCCCCUGAGCCUGUGUCCCAGGGAGAUCCAAACUGUAAAGUGGACAUUGCUUUCCUUAUGGACGGCAGCUGGAGCAUUGGGAAAAGGCGCUUUCAGAUCCAGAAGGACUUCAUGGUCGAGGUAUCUCAGGCGCUGGAUGUGGGGGUGGCUGGCCCCAUAAUGGGAAUCAUCCAGUAUGGAGAUGACCCAGUGACUGAGUUCAACCUGAGGGCCUAUUCCAGCUCCCGGGAGCUCAAGCCAGCUGUGGAGAAGAUCAUGCAGAAGGGAGGCCUGUCCAAUGUGGGGAAGGCCCUUAACUACAUCACCAAGCAUUAUUUCAGCGAUACCAAUGGCAACCGUGGCGGAGCGCCCAAUGUGGCUGUGGUGCUGGUGGAUGGCUGGCCCACCGACAAGGUGGAGGAGGCCUCCAGGCUAGCCAGAGAGUCUGGGAUCAACAUCUUCUUCGUCACCAUUGAGGGUCCAGAUGAGAAUGAGAAACAAAAUGUGGUGGAGCCCAGUUUUGUGGAUAAGGCUGUCUGCCGGGCCAAUGGCUACUUCUCCCUGCCUGUCUCCAGCUGGUUUGGUCUGCGUAAAGCUGUGCAGCCUCUUGUCAAGCGCAUCUGUGACACAGACCGCUUGGUGUGCAGCAAGACGUGCCUGAAUGCCAACGACAUUGCCUUCGUCAUCGAUGGCUCCAGCAGCGUGGGUACGGGCAACUUCCGUACUGUGUUGCAGUUCGUGGCCAACGUGACGCGCGAGUUUGAGAUCUCCGACACGGACACGCGCGUGGGCGCCGUCCAGUAUACCUACGAGCAGCGGCUUGAAUUUGCGUUUGGCCAGCAUAACAACAAGGCCGAGCUGCUCAACGCCAUCAAGCGCAUCAACUACUGGAGCGGGGGCACCAGCACAGGGGCAGCCAUCACCUUCGCCGCUGAGCAGCUCUUCAGCAAAUCCAAACCCAACAAGCGCAAGAUCAUGAUCGUCAUCACUGACGGGCGCUCCUACGACGACGUCAGGGCGCCAGCGCUCGCCGUUCAACGCAAAGGUGUGAUCGCUUACUCCAUUGGCAUUGCCUGGGCCGCGCAGGAUGAAUUGGAGUACAUUGCCACAGAUCCAGACAAGGAGCACUCCUUCUUCGUGGACGAGUUUGACAACCUGUACAAAUUUGUGCCCAAGAUCAUACAGAACAUCUGCCAGGAGUUCAACUCCCAGCCUCGAAACUGAGCACACCUCGGGACUCUUGCAAGGAACUGUGGGUAACAGGGAUGGGACGGUGAACAAACACAAAAAGAUCCUCUGCCGUUACACAACUCAGUGGGAGAAAAGAUGCAACCAUCACAGAAUCAUCUAGUAAAAGCACACUAUUGCGUCUCCUGGAACUCAAACAUUUCAUAUGGGUGUAUCGUUUCAGGGAGGGAGGGGCAGGUGUAACAGACUGCCAUACAUGGGGAAGGAAGAAAGAAAGCGAUUAAGUGUUAUGUGUCGAAAGCAGGAGUAUGAGGUGUGGAUUGUAGAUGUGUGGAGUGUUAGUUGCAAAGCUGCUUUGCAUUGCUGUGGUACAUCAUUUUUGGAGAGGAAGCUUUGGAUGGAGGGGCAUUUAGGGAAGACAGAACAGGGCAAAAUUACUGAGCAGGAAAAGUAAAACUGUACAAAAAUAACCGCAUUUACAUAUUUAAAUAGGUAUUACGAUGCUAAACUAUAACAUUCUCUCCAGCAGUUUGACAGUCCGGUUUGUCUCACAGUUCACAAUAGCUCAGAAUGAGAUGACAAACUACUGUGAGAUGCAUAGAGCAUAGAGAGAUGAUAAUGGCAAAUGUAUCCAAUUUACUGGACAGCAAAACCAUCAGAAAAGAGUGUUUACCCUCCAUAGUGUCAGUGGUUCUCUCUCAGGAGACUUGAAGUGAAAUGUUGGAAACUUAGAGAAAAACAAAUCUAGAGUGUCCUUUUAACAUAACAUAAAAAAAAUAAAAAAUGCUUAUGCCAUCUUCACGUGUUUAAAUCAGAAUUAUAAGGUAUCCUUGCCUAACGAUUGGCCUGAGAGAUAACUACGUUAUUGCUCUUGGCCACAAAUGUCAUACCACACUUAUUUUAUAUUCAAUAAUUUAUACUUAAACAAUACUCAUAGUCCCUCAGGAUUUUUUAAAAGACAAACAGCCUUUUUCACUCAAUGUAAUAUGUUUUUUGUAAUUUUGUCCAGUUUGUACAUAUGCUUGUUUUGCUUGUAAUUUUUUUAAGUUGCCAAAAAUGAUUAAAAAUGUAAUACGAUUUGUAAUAAAAGAGAUUAUGUAAGAUCAGUAA